UUAAAGAAUUAAAAUUCCUAUUCUUGGUCCAAAAGUGUGGAUAGCCCGACAGGUAUUUUUCCGCAUUCGCAUGUCGUAGGAGAAGUCUGAGCUUUCUUCACUUUCGGAACAAAUGAUCCCUCUGAGAAUGAUAAGAAGAAUGGUGUUGGACAGAAGUAGCAAUAAGUUAUCAAGAGCUCUGAGUUCGUCUCCGAUUCGAAACCCAAGGUCUCCACCUCUUGUUUCACUUGACCUCAUCGAUGAAUGGUCUUCCAGUUUCACCCAUUCUGAUUCUCCUCCAAUCCAAAAAUGCACAGCCAAUAAUGAUAGUGCUAGAAUAAUUGAUGGGAAUUCGGCUGCCGAGGAAAUUAAAUCAACCAUAGCUAUAGAAGUUAUCAGAAUGAAGGAGUCAAUAGGAAAGGUCCCUGGUUUGGCUGUAAUAUUGGUCGGCCAAAGGCGAGACUCUCUUGCGUAUGUUCGUAACAAAAUUAUGGCUUGCCAUGAGGUUGGGUUCAGAUUUUCAAUUGCUGAACUCCCUGAGAGCUGUACAGAAGAGGAAGUCUGUGAUGCAUUGUCAAAUUAUAACAAGGAUGCAUCAAUCCAUGGUAUUCUUGUGCAGCUUCCUUUGCCACAGAAGUCAUUGGAACAGCAUUUUGACGAGGGAAAGAUUUUAAAUUUACUAAGCUUAGAAAAAGAUGUGGAUGGAUUUCAUCCACUAAACAUUGGGAACUUGGCCAUUCAGGGUAGAGAGCCAUUGUUCAUCCCAUGCACUGCUAAAGGCUGCAUCGAGUUACUGCUCAGUUCUGAUGUUGAAAUAGUUGGGAAGAGAGCUGUAGUGAUUGGGAGGAGCAACAUCGUUGGAUUACCUACAUUUUUGUUGUUGCAGAGGCACCAUGCAACAGUAAGCAUUGUGCAUGCAUAUUCAGAGAAUCCAGAAAUUAUUACUCGUAAAGCUGAUAUACUUGUUGCAGCUGCUGGAGUACCUAAUUUAGUCCGUUGUAGCUGGUUAAAGCCUGGAGCAGUUGUACUUGACGUUGGAAUAAACCCAAUUGAGGACCCUGAGAGUGAACAUGGUUACCGUUUGAUUGGAGAUGUUUGCUUUGAAGAAGCAGUCAGGAUAGCUUCCGCGGUAACCCCAGUGCCUGGAGGUGUAGGUCCUAUGACAGUUGCAAUGCUUCUUCUGAACACCCUUGAAGCCGCCAAACGUGCACUUUGUUUUACUUGAUUUUAAGGCGGAGGAACUCCUAAAAUGUCUCAUUUCUUCCUCUUUAUUAGAAACAUGGAGAUGAUAUGAAUGAUUACUAGCUCAAGUUUUGCACUGUUGGACUUGUGUCUGGUAGACCAACCACUGCCAUUAAUCAAUCCUGUAUUCUUGGAAGUUUUCAGUUCCAACCACUUCAAGCAGCAGUACUGACCGAAAGUAGCAGCUUCACUAUUUGGGAUAAGGCACUGAGAUAAUAUGACAUUGAAGGACAACCGAAUAGCUAAUAAAACCAAUGUUUGGUUUCCAUAAUGCAGAAAAUUCUCUAGUAUAACUAACUAUAUUUGUGUAUAUUGAUUUGCUCCUUAAGAUUCCUUUUGUUUCAACUUAAAGGCUGAUCUUAUAAAGCUA